AUGGAACGAAAGACGACUGAAGAACAGAGCAAAUGGAAGCAAUCCGUCCAAGAGAAAGAAAACCUCUUGGAGAAGGCGGCAAAAUGGCUCAUCGAUUUGCAACGUUUGGUAGGCGCCGACGACGAUAACAAAGAGGUUGUUUCUAGGAUAGAGUCGCUGAGAGCGGAGCUUUCUUCGCGGCUCCACGAAUCUUUCACUCCUGUUGAGGAAGGUCAUUUUGUGGUGACCUUUCCAGAAUGGCGCCAACGAUCAUUGGAACAACUUGAAAAAGAAAUGGUCGACAUCACGAUAGAGACAUGGCACCCAGGGAAAUUGAAAUUGCAAAGCGAAAGCCGCCUGCAGGAUUCGAUCGUGUGGAUUCAUUCGUUUGCCGUCAGCGACGAAGACGAUCACGUCUUUGUUGUCGAUGGGAAUAACGAUUUGAUCAAAGAAUUCGGCGAGACUGGGGAAUUCGUCAACCAAAGUCUCUUUAAGAACGAAGGAAAGAAAUUCUUUCUCAAGGACAUUUGUCGUCUUUUCAAUGAUAUUUUGGCUGUUUGUGGUGUUUUGUGGUCGAGAGGUAAUUGUGAAGGCAACAAAUUGGAGCCUCUCUCUCUCUCUGUUUCUUUUACCCUUUGUUCCCUUCCCUUUCACGAAUCGCUCGUUUCUGUUCCUCUCACUUCUGCAUCGAUAACCACCCUCUCCUUUGUUUCUUUUGAUUUCUCUCAUUUUCCCCUGACUCUGACACUCUCUAUAUUUCCUUCUCCCUCUCUCUCUAUAUGUUUAAUUUUUUUCUCCCUCACUCUCACUAUUUCCCUUCAUUCCACACUCUCUCAUAUUUCAUUCAACUUCCUCUUAACCCCCAAUUUAUUUAAAGAGACGCCGCCAACAAUGCGCCUCAGAGACCUGGUGAAAGAUGUCGAAGAUUUCGAAAAGCGACUCCGAAAAAGGAUUGAAUGGACGAAUCAAUCGAUUAAAAAAUUGCCAAUCGAUUGCGAAUUGAAUUGCUCAAAAAUCCGAGAGCAAUUUAAAGCGUUUAUAGAUAAUGCAAGGAUGAAGGCCGAAGACUUGUGCGACCAAAUGAAAGAAAAGACGACCGAAAAACAAAGGAAAUGGCGCCAAUCUCUCGAGGAGAAAGAAAAGUUUUUGUUAGGCGGCGACGACAACGACGACAACGACGACGUUGUUUCUGGUGUAGAGUUGCUAGGAGCGGAGCUUUCAUGGUGGCACAACGAAUCGUUCACUCCUGUUGAGGAAGGUCAAUUUGUAGUGACCUUUCCAGAAUGGUGCCGACGAUCAUUGGACCAACUGCAAAAAGAAAUAGUCGAAUUCACGGUAGAGACAUGGCCUCCAAGGGAAUUGGAACUGCAAAGCGAAUACCACCUGCAGGGUUUGAACAAUAAGACGAUUUGGUCGAUUGCCGCCAGCGACGAAGACGGUCACGUGUUUGUUGCCGAUUGGGGUGGGGGCGACCAUACGAUUAAGGAAUUCGCCCAGACUGGGAAAGUAGUCGGCCGAUGUCUCUUGAAGUACGAAAGACAUAUAAUAUUCUCACCCCUGGACAUUUGUCGUCUUUCUAAAGACAUUUUCGUUGCUUGUGGGUGGGGGAACGGGGGAGUACUUUUGUUUUUGGCACGACAAAAAAGUCAGCCAUUUUUAGAAGAAGGAAAAAGAAUCAAAACAGAAGAGAAAUUUUCUUCUUUGUGUCAAAUGGACGAAAAUCUUUUCGUUUGCGAUUUGGAUUUGAAAGUAAUUUUUUCUUUUUCUAAAGAAGGAAAUCAAAUAAAAAGAAUCCAACUUGAGAAAUCGCUGCGGUGGGGUUUUGAUUCUGACCCCAUUCUUCGUGCCGAUCUGACGACCGGGAAUUUGUGGGGCACAAGACGAGGAAUGUCGGAAAUUGUUGUCUUUGAUCAAAAUGGCCAAAUUCGUCAAAUCGUCAAAACUCAAGAAGAAAUUUUUGAUUUUCAUGCAGACGAAUUUGGUUAUUUUUAUUUUUGCAACAAGGACGGAAUUUUUUCUAUCUUACCGGAAAAAACUCUCUGCUCCUCCUCCUUCCAUAUUUACUCCCUCUCUUCCUUCCUCUCCCUUAAACUGUUUUUCUCUCUUUUCUUUAUUUUCUCUACCCUCCACCAACCCCGACUUUUUUCCUCUCCAUUAUACAGGUCUCUUCAUUAUCUAUCUAUCUAUCUAUCUAUCUAUCUAUCUAUCUAUAUCUAUCUAUCUAUCUAUCUAUCUAUCUCAGUCUCAUCAUUAUCUAUCCAUUUCAAGCUUUCGGAUUCACUCACGGCAAAGCUAGCUAGCUCGAUUUCUCGCUUUCUCUUCAUCUCUCUCUCUCUCUCUCUCUCUCUCUCUCUCUCUCUUUUUCUUGUUUAUCUGUUAUGUGUAGCGAAGAAAGAAACACGAUUUAUUCAGUGA